CGACGCAAGGUUGCCUUGAGCCGUGACAUACUGGCUGCUCUAAGGUCAUGUCAAGUGUCUUUUACAGCAGUCGCCGCGAUUUUCUGCAGCCUUAAGUCGCGAUCAAGAAGAAUGUGGCGGUCAUGGACAGGAAGGCGCUACUCUUCCCGUGCGGCCUUAUUCUAGCAUCGAGUUACCUUUCCACCGCCUCGCCUGUCGGCUACUCGUUCGCGUUUGACAAGCCGUUGCAUACUGCGGGAGUUGUAUUGCUGCUUACAGGUCUUGUAAUUGUCGCAUGUGAAGCCUGGUCGCGACAGACGUCGCAACCGCGGCUGCCUACGCGAUAUGUCGCGAUACCACUUAGCGAUGGUCACAGCAGACCUCAUAGAGAAGAGAUAUGGAACGAGGCAGGGCAACCGGCACAGAAGAGAGCGUGGGGUGUGAGGACUGUUGGAGCGCUGCUGGCUAUACUCUUGUUUGCCAUCUGUGGUCGCAUCGGCGUUUUUUACUACGUUGUGAAGAACGUGGAGUGCAGUGGGCCCUCACAUGUCGCCUUCCUACCACUCGUCCUAGCCCUUUACCACAGCAUCCGCCAUUCUAGCCAACGCUAUGGCUCCGUCUGGACUGCUAACACUCGCCCAUUGACGUACUGUGAACUCAUGGUUGAUUUUGUCUACAAUAACUCGACUCGUUACAUUCUGCCCUCUGUUUUAUUAUCCAUCAGCAGCUUCCUCGUCAUCGUCAAGUCAACAUCUUUGCGUUCUACGUAUAUCUGUCCAAUCGCGGAGGAUCUGACAACGGCCAUCUCUUUCCUACAGUUCCUUGGCUUCGUUUUGGACUCGAUCAUUGUCCCAUUGUUGUACCGCUUGGUAGACGAUGAUAUUUCUCCAGCGGACGACUGGACCAUUCGGUUCCAAGAUGGCACGUCCAACAACAUGCUUGCUGGCUUUACGUUUACCGCCUCCGCUCUCGUUCUCUUGGUAGCCGGUCUCACGGUGUACGUGGUGAUGCCAGAACAUCGGCAGCUGAUGUUUGCUUUUCCUUCUGAAUACCUCCAUGGUCUCUUGCGUUUGUCAUUGAUGAUACCCUUUAUUACGUUGUGUUUCUUAAAAUCAGCACGACUGUAUGGCGUUAUGAGCUCGGUGCUCAUCGUUGCGUUUUCCUCUGCAUUUAUCGGAGUUUUACGAUCCCUUGGUACGGAUGUGUCCCAUUCCUUCCCGCCAAAAUCUACCAUUAGCCUUGUCCCGUGCCUGGCCCUACUCAUCAUUACUCUGGUUUUGUAUCUGAUUGUUCACGCCAAUAUCGAGACUCGGGCUCGAUCUACAAUUUCAGCUCGUUUUGGCAGAAAUCAAACGGUGGCCUUCGUACUCAUUCUCAUCGGCUUCUCGGUAAGCGUAAUUGUCUACCACCAUCAGAAACCUCUGUUAGAACACCCCAUCACGACCUUGAUUGAGCUUGCGAACGUGCAGCAUGAUCAGUGGGCAUCACAAGCACACCGAAGCAAGUCACUCGCCGAGGCAGUGGUACACUAUCGACAGCGUUACACACGAGAUCCCCCGCCAGGUUUCGACAAGUGGUAUGAGUUUGCAGUUUUGCGAAGUUCUAUUGUGAUAGACGACUAUGACAACGUCGAAGAAGACCUCGCCCCAUUUUCAUCUUUCAAUCCAGAUGAUCUGCGCCUGCGUACAGCGACUGUGUUAGCUACUCAUGAGGGAACUGGAGGAAUCCGUAUCCGGGCAGGGGUGGCGGAGGCUUUCGUCAAUGCGUCUGAGCCUCGUUGGUUGCCAAUUGAUGGAGCACUCAAGAUGAUCCGGCAAUUCGCCGUGUUUCUUCCCGAUAUGGACCUCGCCUUGAACCUCAACGAUGGAUGUCGUGUUGCAAUUCCACAUGAUCGGCUGCGGGAUGCUUUGGACAAUCCGCAGCCUUAUCCAGCUUCUGAUCCGUCACGGGCCAGCAAAGACUUUAGUAAAGAUCGCGCAAGCAAAUGGCCAAACGUAGACAAGAUUCAUGUGGAUCCACAGUUCUUCGAGGAUGCACGCCACAAACCCUCGUAUCAAACAUAUGGUUCAAUCGCUUGCCCUCCUAAUUCCCGCGCGCGAAAGGAACGGCACUGGGAUACCCAAUCGCUUUGUCCGACAUGUGCACUGCCUCAUUCUAUGGGUGCCUUUGUAUCUAACUGGACACUUUCUGGCGAUCCUUGUCACCAGCCCGAUAUUGCGAACCUGCAUAGCCUCCAUCUCAGCCCUUCCGCCCUCAUGGGUACGCAUGACAUUGUUCCGGUUUUUAGUCACAGUCGUGCACCAGGAUACGCCGAUAUACGUUACCCAUCUCCUUGGACCUAUAUGGAGAAGACAAAAUAUGAGUUUGACGAGAAAUUCCCAGACUCCAAUUUCCACGACAAGGAAGAUGUGCUCUUUUGGCGAGGCGCUAUCUCGGAAGGUGUAAGCAUAUCCGGAUCGUGGAAGGGUAUGCUCCGACAACGCCUUGUGCAUCUUCUGAACAACAAUACAUCCCGACAGCCGGUUUUAUUGCCAAAGGGUGACCAUAGCGGGCAACUGGAAUAUAUGCUUGAACACACAGACAAUAUCAAAAAAUCCCUGGGCACCAAGACUGACGUGCGGUUCGUCGAGAAUAUUACUCACUGUGCUGGUCAGAUCUGCAAGAACCAAGCUCGAGAGUUUGGACUCGUUGAUAGAAUCGAUUUCAAGCAGCAUUGGCGCUAUCGCUACCUUUUCGAUAUGGACGGCCCAAGUUCCUCUACCUCAACCAUUCCGUUCCUGCAGUCCAACUCUGUGGUCUUCAAAACCGCUGGUGUUUUCCGAGAAUGGUUCGACGGCCGCCUGACCGCUUGGCACCACUUCGUACCCGUUGACAUCCGACUCCACGACAUCUUCUCCAUACUAGCUUAUUUCGGUGGCUGGGGUGUCGAAGCGAGAACGAAACGCAUGACGGAGGGAAGGACGAAGGAAGCACAGAGCAUUGCGAGGCAGGGGAGGGUAUGGGCAGACAAAGUGCUGAGGAAAGAGGAUGCGGAGGUCUAUAUGUUCAGGCUCUUGCUCGAGUGGGGCAGGCUGACGGAUGAUGCGAGGGUCGAUGUUGGAUUCAGGAUGGGCAGGAGGAAUGGGAAAGAUCGCGGAAAGGCAGAGAGAGCGGAACUAUGACGCCGUAGGAUAUAUAUGGGGCAUGAACACGACCAUAUUUUGCGAUAAUGCAAGUCAUACGUAACGAUACUGAGCAAUUGAAGUGCU